GUUCUAUCUUUGUGGGGUCAAGAUGUCUGCUCUGGUGAUAUUGUUAUUCGUCACGCAGCUGCUAAUAGAAGGCACGAAGCAGGCUUGUCCCGGAUGUCCGGUGGAUGGAAACCCAGAAGAUAAGGACAUCAAAUAUUUUUUAAACAAAGCAAUUGAAAAAAUUAAUACCGAAUCGAAAAUAGUCGAACCUAAAAAAGUUGUAAAGAUUCUUUCAGUGAAACAACAGGUUGUUUCAGGUGUGAUGUUCAACAUAACCUACAUCGCAGAAGGUAAACUCUCGAAGAAGGACUACAUGUGUAGGAUCGUGUUACUUGACGAGCCAUGGGUGAGCGAAGAACCCCAAGUACUGGAGAGGCACUGCACGCCCAUUGCGAAAAAGAAGAAUGAUAAAUCUCCGCACGGAACGCAGAAAUGACGUAAUAAUAUUAUAUUACUGUAAAUACAUAAAAUAUGAAUAUAACCGUGUAAAUAUUUGUGCAUACAUAUUGUAAAACAAGAGUGUGGACUAUUUAAAACCAGGAUUUUUUUACAAUGCAUUAGUUGUUCUUCAAUUUCCAAAAAAACAAAACCUUAUUAAUGUUUGAAGAUGGAUAAGUCGUUGUAAAUCAUCGAGCUGCUAACUAACAGCUCAACGCACUUCGAAGAUAAUGGAUAGGUGUGCCAUAGCAAUGAGUGAAGUGUGAAAAAAUUCAGUUAAAGUACACGUCUUCGAAGAUCGGCUCCAGGUAGCGCCACUUACUGAAUCAGCUGGGUUACGGCUACAUCCAGUGUUGCCGUUUGUACGAGGAUCCUCGUAUUUGUACGAGGUUGUGACGUAAUGUACGAGGUAUGAGGAUAGAUCAGCCUCGUACCUCGUACAUAAGUUUUGCUGACGUUUGCAAUGCAAGGUUAUAUUUUUAUGAAUGAAGUUUAGAAUUGUUUUACGGUUAUUUUGACUGUAUUAUUACUUAUAUUAUAUGAAAUACUGUUGCUUUCUAGACAAAUAAAUUGCAAUUAUAUCUUCUUUAAUUAGAGUAUGAUUAUUAUUUCUUUCAUAAAACCACGAUUGUAUAUAUAUGUUGUUUUUUUAAUUUCCUAGGAAUAAAAAAAUAA